AUGGUGGACGGCGGGGGGGAACCUGGGAGGCCGGAGUGUGACCUGAGGUGUCGACUCCGAGCAGAGAGGGAACAGUUUAUUAGAUACAGAAGACGACUUCAGGACAUGAGGGACACUUCAAACAGCUCAGGGAUGGAUUACUACUAUGACGACGGCUUUUUGAACGACUCGUUCCUGAACUCCAGUGACAACUCGAGUAACUACGACGACUCGUUCUUCUGCGACGCCGACGAGUCCACCAUCAAAAUGUUCCAGACCUGCUUCUUCUGCCUCAUCUUCCUGCUGGGCAUGCUGGGAAACUGCCUGGUCAUCGCCACCUUCGCCCUCUACCGCCGCCUGCGUCUUCGCUCCUUGACGGACGUGUUCCUGUUGCACCUGGCGCUGGCCGACCUCCUGCUGCUCCUCACGCUCCCCCUGCAGGCGGUGGACACUCACCGCGGGUGGAUCUUCUCCGUCUCGCUCUGCAAGGCCACGCGAGCCUGCUACGCCGUCAACACCUACAGCGGCCUGCUGCUGCUGGCGUGCAUCAGCGUGGACCGCUACCUGGUGGUGGCGCGGGCGCAGGACGUGCUCCGGCUGCGCAGUCGGAUUCUGAGAGGAGGCAAGAUGGCGGCUCUGGGUGUGUGGGUGGUCGCCGUUCUCCUCAGUCUACCUGAGAUCCUCUUCUCCGACGUGACCGAGCUCGGCCCUGAGGACUCGGUGCCAUUCUACUGCGGCAUUCUAACGAGCGGGAAGGUCAAGAUGGCCGCCAACGGAGCCAUCAUCGGCGUCUUCUGCGUGUCCCUGCUGGUGAUGGUGGCGUGCUACUCUGUGAUCGCCUGCGUGCUGUGGGAAGGGAACCGCCUUCGCCGAGGGAAGCAGUGGCAGCGGCAGCGCACCCUGAAGCUGAUGGUGGCGCUGGUGCUGGUGUUCCUGCUCUUCCAGCUGCCCUACACCGUGGUGCUGUCCCAGAAGAUAGCGGCGCCGGAAUGCGGCCUUCAUCUGCCGGAGUACGUCACCUGCACCUUGGCCUACGCCCGCUGCUGCCUCAACCCCGUCCUGUACGCCCUGGUGGGCGUUCGCUUCCGCGGGGACGUGCUGAGGCUGCUCCGUGACUCAGGAUGCCUGCGUGGCCUCUACGUGGCGCCGCAGGCGUUGACCUCCACCUCGCCCUCGUCCCCUGCUCUCACCGCUCCUUCAGUUUCCUCCCCGACGCCGCAUGAACGCUUCUCCAGCAACGAGAUUCCCUCCAAGUUCCUGUUCCCAGGAAACAAAUGA